GGGCGUGGGCGAGCGCGCUGAUGAGCGGCUUGAGGGCGCUGGUGGCGCUGCUGUUGUUGUCGUUGUGUGGGUGGGAUGGGCUGGGGGCGACGGCGAGCGGUGCGUCGCUUUGCGGUCGAGGCGGAUAGCGGGGGGCGCGGGCGCGGUGCUUGUGGUGGUGAUGGUGGUGGAUUUCUUCUCGCUGGAGCCGGCGCUGGCCUUUUGCGGUUUCGUGGCCGCGGAUUUCGACUUCGCCGUCGUGCGCUUCGGCUCCGCUGUGUCAUCCUUUUUCUUCCCUGCCGCCGCCGGCUUCGCAGCUCUAGGCGCCGGCUUCAGUGUCGCCGUCUCCUUCUUCACAGCCAAACCAGCUCCACCACCACCACCACCACCGACACUGCUGCUCAGCGGCGUCGACCGCCCCGCCGCCGCAGCAGCCGCCGGGUUCGGGCUCGCGAACCCGCUCCCCCCACCCUCAUGCACCUGCGUCAAGAAAUUCCGAUAAUCAUACGGAUUGCCCUCCUCGGGCUCGUCGUCCUCACUCGCAGUCGCACCAGCACCAGCAGCACCGCCAUCUCUCUCCCCAUCAUCCGAGAACAAGUCGUCCUCGCUCUCGACCGCCCCACCCACCCCUCCCUCCCCCCCCG